AUGGAGAAAGAGGAGUGGAGAGGUUUGGGGCAGAUUCAGUUCACAGAUAAAUUGAAGGCAUUGACGGUCCCGAUAAGGAGGUGGCAUAAGGCCAAUUUUAGUGAUAUGGAUAAGAAGAUUACGACCUUUGAGGAAGAAAUUAAGAAGAUUGAUGAUAUGGUGAGCAAUGGAGUGUAUGAUGGAACGAUGGAGGCUAGACGAAAGGCGCUAGUCACUUGCUGUAAGAGGUGGAAUCAUUCGAGGAUAAAAAUUUAUAUUAGAGAUUUCUAUAAGGAUUUAUAUCAACAGGAAGAUUCUCCUAUGAUGGGCUUCAAGGACGGUCUGGUGGGAAGGAUAGGUCAGGAUGAUGCUGUGAAGUUGGAAAUGUUGCCGUCUGCUGAGGAGAUCGGGGAGGCUGUGUGGGACUGUGAUUCUUCUAAGGCACCAGAAUGUGAUGGGUACAACAUGAAUUUCAUAAAGAGGUGUUGGGACGAGAUAGAGCCUGAAUUCACAGCCGCUGUGAUUGGGUUCUUUCAGACAUCCAGGUUACCGGCAGAGUCUAAUAUCACUUGGGUGGCACUGGCUCCAAAGUUCGUUGGUGCAAGGGAGAUUAAAGACCUGCGACCUAUUAGUAUGGUUGGGUGUGUAUAA